CACACACACACACACACACACGUAAAUAUAUAUACAAUACCAAAUACACAAAAUGCUAUUUAUUUAAGACGCUGUAAUUGAAACGGCCUCCACUGGAGGGCGCCAGUGGACUACACGAUGAUUCGGAGGGGGAGGAAGAGGAGGAGGAUGAAGAGGAGGAGGAUGCUGCCGGGAUUCUGAUGAUGCAGAAGUGGACUAUCCUGCAGGGAAGGACACGCCAAGAAGAGGAGGAAGAAGAAGAAGAACAAGAAGAAGAAGGAGGAGGAGUGCGGGGACGAGCGCAGUGCUGUGUUGAAAAAGACCAAGAAGGAAGGAAAAAAAAAAGGAAGAAAGAAGAGAAGCCAGUUUGACCACCAAGGAGGCUAUUCUGAGGAGGUGGGCCACCAUGUCCCGGGAGGCGGGAACCAGCCUCACGUGGCGUCCUUGUUGAUGUGACCAUCAGCACACAAAAGCUGAUGAGCGGCCACCCCGAUGCCUACGUUGCUACAGACUGCCACCAAUCGUUUGCUCCCUCCAUCCUCCCCUGGGCAGCGGCGUUCACGGCAAUCGGAACCCUAGCAGCAUUGGCGUGUGUCGGCGAGCAGCUGAAGUUGGCUUCCUGCCUGUUGAGAUGCGCCGGGAGGAAGCACUGUGAACACGAGUUCAUGCUGAUGAAAUUGAUCUGCUCAGUGAGCUUGAACCAGAGCCAUGGGGAGUACCCGGACUGCAGGAGUGAGCGCGAGACUGGGGGCGAGGCGUCUCUCCUGGUGUCUCCGCUGGUGGUGGCGGGUAUCGUCAUAGGCCUAGUGCUUUUCCUCUCCUGCGUCACCAUCAUCGUGGGCAGCCUGCGCAAAGACAGCCGGCUGAGGAACCCUCACCUGAGAGCCAGCUACGGUCCAGAUGGUUACUCCUUUGGAGGUUCCGUCGGAGAACUGAGGUCAACGUGCUUAGAAGACUUUCCACCCAGUUUGGACUUUGACUCUUACAGUCUGUCACAAGUCAACCACCUGUACCCCGAUUCUCCACCACGUUACGAUGAAUGCGUGGGCCCCGGUUACACCCACAUCUACAUACCCACAGACGACCCCCCGCCUUACUCGCUAUGGGACCCCCAUCAGAACAACUCCGAAGGGGCAGAGGAGGGUCCCAGUUCUGCCAGCGCAGCCUCGCCGCCCCCGGAGCAUCGACACAUCGCAUCCAUCUCCUUCCCGUUGGAGGCUGCGCCGCCGUACGAGGCGGUGAUUGGCGAGCAGGGGCAGCCCUUGCCCCUGGUGCCAUGUGACCUUUCUAAAUACCAAUCAGAGAGGAACGCCGACGCCAACAGGCGACAGUCGGGUAUCAGCCAGAUCUCAUAGGACAGCUAUUUUGGACCUUUCCUCUGCUUGAGUUGAACACAAACUGUGAAGGUUUUUAGGUACUUUCCACACUUUUUUUGUAGAGUGAAACUCAAGAGAGAGAACCGUUUUCUAGAGGGAGUUUACGGACUAAAACUCAUCCUGGUGAAAUGGGGAUCUUAUCGAACGACUCUCCAUCCAUGUUGUGGUAACACAAUGGCGUAGUUUUAAUUUUGACUGAACCCCAGAACAAACUGAUUAUUUUCAAGUUGAAGUUAUUAGACACAAGCACAGAGCAAAGCGUCCUUUUUAAGUCACUCAUACCAUGGCUAAGAAACAUUCAGGAACAAGGCAUAUUGGUGUUUUGCAAACUUUCCUAGCACAGCAACCACAAUCUAGGUCACGUCAAAUAAAAAAUCUGUCAUGUCAAAACAGGCCAUCAGAGCAAUUUUCUUUAAAAAAAAAAAAAAAAGCCCCUAG